GUCUUUUUUGUGCCCGAUUUUCCGAGCUCUGUAAACAAGCCCAAGAACAAGAAAAACCCAUGCCACAUCGGUCUGCAGCAGUAUUGCCAAAGAGUCACUAUUUUUAGAGGAGGAAUGUACACAGGCCUCGUGGAAAGAGACCAUAACAACAAACACCAUGCAACACGCUCCCUACAAAGAGAGGCACAUACAGACACACAGCAUCAACCCAAGAAGAAAGAAGAAGAAAGUGCCGGAUAAUGUCAAGCCAUCAUAUUUUCUGCUGAGAACUUGCUUUGAAGAUCCCCAGAAAACAUACCCGAGCCAGAAAAGGAGAAAGUAACAGCUUCAUCUCUCAUCGCCAUGGAUCCACCAGUUGACAUCCGCUGCUACAAAGACAAAGAGCAGUCCUCCAGCUUGCUCCUGCAGCUCAACAGACUGAGACAAGAGAACAUUCUGACGGAUGUAUUGCUAUGUUCAGGUAGCACACAAAUUCCCUGUCACCGCAACGUCCUCGUCUCCAGCAGCCCCUACUUCAGAGCUAUGUUCUGCAACAAUUUCAUGGAGAGACAACAGACCAAGAUUGACUUGAAGGGGAUAACGUCAACCAUUCUGAGCAGCAUCAUUGACUAUGUUUACACUGGACUAAUUAGUAUCAGCAUGGAUACUGUUCUCCCUCUGAUGCAGGCGGUGUCCAUGUUGCAAUAUGGCCGUCUCUUUGAGGCCUGCUCAAGCUUCCUUCAGGAGCAGCUGAGCCCAGAUAACUGCUUGAGUAUGAUAAGACUCUCUGACAUCAUGAAUUGUAGCAGUUUAAGAGAGAAAGCAAAAGAGAUGGCCAUGGAGAGUUUCUCUGAUGUGUCCAUGUCUGAGGACCUGUGUGACCUCUCCUUGCCAGAGCUGAUGGGAUUCUUGGAUGAUGACACUCUUUGUGCAGAGGAAGAGCAGGUCUUUGAGACACUUAUCGCUUGGAUCCAUCAUGAUCCUUUAUCCAGGCGUGGGGCUGUCAGUGACCUUUUCAAAAAAGUUCGUCUUCGGUAUAUCCACCCCACUUACCUCUUCCAGUUCAUUUCGAAUGACCCACUGAUCCAGUCAUCAACCCUAUGCAUUGAGCUCAUUGAAUCUGUGAGACGGCUCAUGUUUUCUGUAAGCAUGAAAUGCAUUGAAGACUCUGGGGUAGGCUUUAAACCUCUCUGGGAUGCACCACGGCGUUGCACUUACCAUGAUAUGUUGGUUGUGGUAGGAGGAAGGAAGAACAAUGAACAAACCUCGAGGGAGACCUUAGUUUUUGAUGAGAAGAAUCAGAAGUGGCAGCGGCUGGCCAAGCUGCCUGUCCGUCUUUAUAAAGCAUCCUAUGUCACCCUUCACAGCGUCCUGUAUGUUAUUGGAGGCCUGAUAACAAGCUCAAAGCACAGCCAAGUCAGCACGACUGUCUACACUCUCUCCCUCAAGACCAACCAAUGGAGGACAGCAGAGCCUACAAUGGAGCCACACUUUGCCCAUCAGAGUGUUUCCUACCUGCACUACAUCUUUGUCCUGGGUGGCCUUGGACCAGACAGACGACUAACAGACAGUGUGGAAAGGUACAAUUGUAUGUUCAACCAGUGGGAGUCAAUGGCCCCCAUGCCUGAAGCUGUGCUACACCCUGCAGUUGCUGCAACAAAUCAGAGGAUCUAUAUGAUUGGAGGAGAGGAUGUCAUGCAGAACCCUGUCAGACUGAUACAAGUGUAUCACAUCAGCAGGAACAUGUGGUCAAAGAUGGAAAACAGAACAGUAAAGAACGUGUCUGCUCCCGCUGUUGUAAUGGAUGAAAACAUCUACAUCAUUGGAGGAUACACCAGGAGAAUGAUUGCAUAUGACACCAAAGCCAACAGGUUCAACAAGUGUGCCAACCUAAAGGAGAGGAUGAUGCAUCACUCUGCCACCGUUCUCAACAACAAACUCUAUGUCACAGGUGGACGUUACAUCACUGGUCAUGAUGCAAUUGAGGACUUGGACACAUUUGAGUGUUAUGACCCAAAAACAGAUAGUUGGACUUCUAAAGGGAACUUGCCAUAUAGAUUAUUUGACCAUGGCUUCCUGACAUUGACAUGUGUCUCCGAAACCUGGGCAAAAUCAUAACAGAGGAAGAGAGGAAAAUUGAUAACAAUAUGUUGUUGUUUCUGUUUUUUUUUUUUUUUUUUUGUGCAUUAAACACAUAAAUCAUAUUUUAAUGACAUUCAUUUGAAGCAUACUACUGGACACGUAAAAUCAAAAUACCUCAAGGAAUUCAAACAUUCUCAUGAGAAGAAUUUUUAUGUAAAAAUAUGCAUUGCUUUUUCCACGCUUUUUGUGUCUAUGUUUCUAUUCAACACCUAAACUAAUAAAAGAAAGCCAGUCUGCUGCAAAGCCAGUUCUUAACCUGUCUGACUUCACAAAGGGCUAUAUGCUAUUUUCAGCCUGCUCUGAAUCACAAGAUUUCACUUGUCAUGUUAAAAUCCCGGGGGGAUGUUUGGUUCAAGUCAAAGCUAUGCUUAGCUCUCAGGUCUGAGGCCACAGUUGUGUCUGACAAGCACGGCCUGCUGGUCCAAGCAAAAAUAAUAAUGAAACGAUUGUGGUAAAAAUGUUUACAAAUCUUGAAUGCUAAAAAUGAAAGCAGAAGAAGUUUAAAAAAUCUGACAUCAGAAGAAUUUGUGAUAGUGUCGGUUUUGACUCUUUACCCUCAUAUGAUAUAAUUCACUGCCUAUAAUUUUACAUCAUAUAAUGUGUAAAUCUAUUGAAUGAUGACAUAAUACCUGACUUUGCUAUUUAAAAGGAUGAAGCUUUAUC